AUGCCUCCUGUAAGAAAAACCACUGCGUUGUGGAAAUGUGUGGUGCUUACAUGUGAGACAGAUGUUCGUAAAGAAAAAGCCCACCGGAUCCCGGAAAAUGUCAACGAAGCUAACCUCUGGGUGAAAAGUUCAGGAAAUCCUGAACUGAGUAAUCUAGGGAUUGCGGAGUUGAACAAAUAUCGAGUGUGUCACCGGCAUUUUUGCAGAACUGACUACCUGGCGCAAACUCAGAAGCCUACUCUAAAAAAGGCGUCUUCACCGAAAUUGCGGCUGCCGAUAAGUGUUGUCGAGAAUGCCAGUGAUUCUUCGAUAAACGAGUUUCCGAGAAACUCUGAGGAUCGUCGAUUAAUUGUUCUCGAAACAGAGCUUGCUGAGCAGUCAAUCACCCCUUCAUCAUACCAAGGCGAUGAACCUGUGACGAAGUCCAAGGAAGGCGAACCUAUAUCCAUCUCACGGAAACGGAAACGUCCUCUAGGGUCUCAUUUAUCGGGUGUUCCAAAAAGAGAAAGGUACCUUAUCAAGAAAGCUCGAGAUUUGAGAUCUGCGGUCAAUAUUUACAAGAAACGAGCUUCAACAUACAGAGACCCGCUACAGCAAGCUAUGAAACUCUGCAAGAAUGCAGCUGAAAAACUCACCGCGAGGACGGCGCUUUACACUGGAGGAAAAACUUCUAUCACUUUCUUGGAUGAAAGCAUCUGGUAGAGGGUAUCGUUUGCUUCAGUCCCAAUUUCAAUUACCAUCCGUUCGCACGUUAACAUCAUUAUUGAAUAGAUAUUCCUUAGACGCUGGAAUUAGUGAGAAAGUAAUUAGAGCUUUG